GAGCUAUCCCUCCCCCUCCCUCACCCCUCCAUCCUUCCAACCAUCCCCACCCAUCCAUCCUUCCAUCCAUCCUCACCCCUCCCUCUUCACCCACCCCUGCAUCCUUCCAACCAUCCCCUCAUCCGUCCUCACCCACCCCUCUAUUCUUCCAACCAUCCCCACCUCUCCAUCCAUCCGUCCCCACUCAUCCAUUCUCACCCACCCACCCUUCCUUUCCUCUUCCAUCCCCACCCCCUCCCCCGCUCCAUCCCCAUGCCCCUCCACCCAUCCCUCCCCACACACCCAUCUACCGCUCCACCCUUUCCCCACUAUCACCACAAGGGCUGUUCCCAGCAUCCUCCACCCUGGGUGGGAGCCCAAGUACCAUCCAUUCCCCCCGCCAGCUCCCUCCUGCCUCCCUUCCCCUUCUCGCUGCCCAUCACCCCUCUCCUGCUCCGCCCUGCUGCCCCCCAGUCCCCCCGCGCUCCCCCCUCCCGCUGCCUGCCGCCUCCCUCGGGGCCGGGCUGGGCCGGGCCAUCAGUCACUCCCUGGAGCCAGCCCCGCUCCCUCUCCCUGGCCGACCGCGGCCGCCUGGCUCACUCGGAGCCGCUCGCUCCUGCAGGCGCGCUGGCCCCGCGGGCUCCGAUGCACCUGUAGCCGCCCCCGGCAGCGGGGCCCCCUGGGGCCGGUCAGUGCCCGGCCUGAUCCGCGCGGGCGGGGCCCGGUCCUUGGAUUUACCUCCCCACGGACUGCGGAGCGGGGCUCCUGCGCUGCCUUCGGGGGACUCCCAGGGCCGAGGGGUCCGUGCCCCGCAUCCCGCCAGCCCAGCGCUCGGAGCUACCAUGCGAGUGCCCCGGACUGCGGGCGCUGCCGGAGGUAGGGGGCAGCUGCCGGCCAGGCGCCCUGGGCACCAGCGCUAGGGGACCGCCACACUCCGGCUUGGCACCAUGAGAGCCCCCCGGGAGACCCUGCACCUCCUGCUGGCUACAGCCCUGCAGCUGAUCGGCUGCGCAGCUAAGGCACCACAGCCCCAGACGAAGGGGACCCACCCACUGGGGGAAGUGAUGCAGUGGAUGGAAGUUUAUAACCGCAGCUUCUGCCAGCCGAAGGAGAUGCUGGUGCCCGUCAGCGAGGAGCACCCGGCUGAGGUGGAGCACCUGCUGGCACCCUCCUGUGUGCCCCUGCGUCGCUGCGCCGGAUGCUGCGCCGAUGAGGGGCUGCAGUGCGUGCCUACCCGCAUGCAUGUGGUGGUGAUGGAGGUGAUGAAAACCCGCUACCUGCACAGCCACCUGGGCCAGCUGGCCUUCCAGGAGCACAGUGCCUGCGAGUGCAGACCAAAGACAAAUAGCCAAGUAAAUCCAGAAAGGCCUGAGCAGCCCAAGGGGAAAAACAGCAUUGGACGCAAACACAAAAGGAAGAGACCCCCUGAACGAGACUCCCCCUACCUGCCCUUCUGCCCACCCUGCCCAGACAAACGGAGGCGCCAGGAUCCCCAGACAUGCCAGUGCCGCUGCCGGCGCAGGUCCCAGCACUGCCAGGACCGGGGCUUGGAGCUCAAUGAGCACUCGUGCAGGUGUGAGAAGCUGCGCAGAUGAUCUGACGGGGGAGGGGGGUGACCUGGGACCAGCCUCUCCCCCCCCAGGCCCAGCUCUGCAUUGGAACCAGGACAAGACUCUGGCCCUGAGCGCCCCCUGCUGGAGAGGAGCACAAGGAAGACAAGCAAGGCUGCCCAGGAAUGGACCUGAUGAGAGGACUCCUGGGACCAUGUGGGGGGUCAGACCCCAUUAUCCACUGCCUGGACAGGACCUGUCAGGAGGGGUUGCAUCUUGCACGGCCUCUCCUGGACUGGGGCAGCUGGAUCCUGGGCCCCUCCAGGACUAGGACAGAUGGAUUUCAGGGCCCCUCCAGGAUUGGGGACCAGAUCCUGGGAUCCCUCCAGGACUCGGGCCCCCAGAUUCCUUCAAUGCCCACCAAGGCCGCUCCAGCUCUGCUGGCCAGACUCUCAUCCCCUCGUCGUUAUUUAAAGUUCCACACACACCCCUCACUGCCCUGCUCAUCCCCAAACCCCUUUAAUUUAAUGCUUGCCCUCACCUUCCUCUCCAUCCCCCCAGAUCAAACCCCGUUUCCCUGCCAGAGCCAAGGGGAGGCUGGGCACCAGCUCGAGGACCCUCCCAGGGCACGUCCUGCUGCUGUAACUGCCCGCACAUUGGUAUCCGGCUCCAAAGCUAUUAAAUGGAUAAGACACGCCGGCCCGCAGAGCUGUGAGCGCACGACCCCCCACAAACACCUAUAGGAGGUCGAGGGAGCAUGCCCCGCUCUCAGGACUCGCCGGAUUGGACGGGGCUGCUGUUCUGUGGGGUGCCCUAUAUACUGCACCGGCUGGGGAGUGCCUCGCUGGAGGGGGUCCUCUGUUGUGUAGGGGAGCAGGGGUGGAGAGAGAAUCCUUGGGGAUUAUUGGCCUUUCACCUUUGAGCCGGUGCCUUUGUUUAUGCUCCACAAAAGUGUGGCAGCCUUUACACCCACGAGCUCUUCACCCCAGGGCUGAGGGCUCCUUCAUGCUUGGUGUGUGUGGAAAAAUUACUGCUCCAUCCUAGAGGCGGCUGCAUCUCAGCGCCAGACAAGGGAUCCCUCUAUAAAGAGCCCCGCCACGGCGCCCCAGUCUAGAGGUGGCUGCAUCUCAGCACGAGGUGAGGGAUCCCUCUAUACACAGCCCCUGCACCCCACCCCAGAGGUGGCUUCAUCUUGGUACUGGGCAGGGGAUUCCUGUCUGUACAAGUGCCAUAUUAUGGAAUCCUUUGGAAACACAAGGUGCUGGGAAAGCAUGAGAUGCAGUUGAUGUUCUGUGUGGGGAUACUGGAAAAACAGGUGGGCUGGGCAACAAG